AUGGCGCCGUCGAACGAUUCAUCGAUAGUAAAUCGUUUUCCAUCGAUUGAUCUCUCUAUUAGACCUUCCCUGCAUCAAAUACUCGAGCAACCGGAGCAGUUCUUUCACAUCAGUCAGCAGUCGGCCAAGCUGAAACGGCGAGCAGAUAUUGAGCGUUAUCGUGAAAGUGUUAUGAAACCAGCUAGUUUGCGCCAGGUUGGUACCAAAGCUAUUUCGCAGGACAAUGUCGAUAUAGAACAAGUGACUCUUACAAUGGAAGUGACCUAUAGCGACUAUGAAGAAAUGUUUACGAAAAGGUGCUUGGAGACGUUCUAUUUGCUACUAUACCUUGAGUUGCAGAUAUCAGGUUUUCAGGACUCUAGAGUAACACUGCAGGAAAGUCUGAUGCCAGUAUAA